AUUCUAUAGAGGUUAAAGAUAUAUGUUCUUGAUAUACUAUAUAUCUAUACUCUAUAUCUACUCCAUAUACUCUAUAUCUACUCCACACACUCUAUAUCUAUACUCUAUAAUACUCUGUAGACGCUGUGUGGCUGUCUUAACCAAUAAAUCCAGUCUAGCGUGACCCUUCUUCAAUAACAGUGGAGGCUGAGUCUAGGCUGAGACCCUGCAUUAUAUCCUCCUCCUGUCUUGACCUUUGCUUCUCUAUCUUUUCCUUUCAUCUCUAUCUAUUUUCUGUCUCGAAAAAAAAAGAAAAUGCCAGACAAUCCGUUCAACUCGAAAUACUACUACCGCUUCUCCAACUCCGGGUUGGGAAGCAACUACACGCUCUCGCUGGGACUCAAGACCGAUCCGCCCGCGACGCCCAGCAUGACGACCAUGGGCGCCUACUCGUCGGAGAACUGGCAGAUCUUCUACGACGACGGCGUCUAUUUCCUGCGCAACUACGACUGGGGAGACACGUACCAGAUGGGGUUGACCGCGGAGGAUACCAUCCCCGAGAUGCUCACCCCGGACGCCGCGCUGGGCAUGCAGUGGAACAUCUCCGACGGGAGCACGACGGGGACAUAUAUCCUGCGCAACAUGCUGAUCGGGUCGACCAACGUGCUCUCGACGGAGGCGCUCAGCGACGGGCUCAUCGUCCCGAUCAUGAACACCGACGAGACGGACGACGAGCUGUGGGAGAUCGAUAUCAACGUUAGCGCUGGCACCAUCACCAACGACACCAUGCUGAGCACUUAUACAUCUCUUCAGGCUGCCACCACCACAUCAAAAUCGACGUCGACGUCAACGUCAACAACGCUGGCGACAACCACCGCAACCGCUACCACCGCUGCAACGGCUAUAACCGCUACAACCAAUACAACAAGUUCCAAAGGGCUGUCCGGGGGCGACAUUGCAGGCAUCGCCGUCGGCAGCGCAGCAGGCGUGAUUAUUCUUGCAGCGCUGGCCUUUUUCUUCUACCGGGCGAGACAACGUCAACCGGCGCAGACAGUACAGACGCAGACGGUGCGGGCAGAGCUGGCGGAGACGUCGCCCAAGUCGGAGCUGCUUGGCAACGAGGCCAACUGGCGGGUUUCCGAGCUGCCGGGAGAGUAAUAAUGAAGUCAGUAUGCGAGAUGGGUAAUGGCUAUAAAUAG